GCGCCGUUAGACUCGCUAGCUGUGUCUCAAAACCUAGUGUGCUGACUACCUAGACAGCAUUUCUGAAAAUCACUGCAAACGCGUUUGAUGCGCAAGAAUGCUGCACGCGCGUAAGAUGCACAGACAUUCCGUUUUAGGCAACUAGAUUUUGAGACACAGCCAAUGUCUGAUAAAAUGGCGGUUGAAAACAUCGGUGAAUCUCAGGAUGAGAAGGAAAUCCUUAUUAAGAAGGAUGCACUGUCACAAGACAGCGGUGAGGUUGUCGAGAAAACAAAAAACAAAGAGUCUAAACUGAUUCUGUAUCAUUGGACUCAGUCAUUCAGCUCUCAGAAGGUGAGACUGGCAAUAGCUGAGAAAGGUCUUCAGUGUGAGGAGAUUGAUGUGAGUCUGCCUCUGAGUGAACACAAUGAGCCCUGGUUUAUGCGUCUGAACCCCACUGGAGAGGUUCCUGUGCUGGUUCACAAUGACAAUGUCGUCUGUGACCCCACACAAAUCAUGGACUAUUUGGAGCAGAACUUCUGUGAUGCAUGCCUCUGCAGAAAUUUGGAUAAAAUGAGAGGCACUGAAGGGUGAGUCAAAAUAAGAUAUUUGCCCUGGAGAGCAGCUCAUGUAGAUUGCAGCCAAAGUUUUGGGCCAUAAUGCAUACUGUAUAUGUGCUUUGUACACUUCAAUGAAUCAGAGCACACCCCAAAGCUGAUUCCAGAAGAGGGAAGCACGUAUUAUCAUCGAGUUCAGCAUUACAGAGAACUGCUGGACUCCCUGCAGAUGGAUGCGUACACCCAUGGCUGCAUCCUCCACCCAGAGAUCACAGUAGACUCCCAGAUCCCAGCUUAUGCCACCACCCACAUUCGCACACAGAUUUUAAACACAGAAUCCGAGCUUAAGAAACUAGCAGCGGAGAAUCCUGAUCUUAAAGAUGCUUAUAUUGCAAAACAGAGACGUCUAAAAAGUAAAUUGUUUGACCAUGAUAAUAUGAAAUACCUGAAGAAACUCCUGGAUGAACUGGAGAAUGUUAUGGAUCAAGUUGAGACCGAGCUGCAGAGAAGGAUUGAGGAGACACCAGAAGAGGGCAGUCAGCAGGCUUGGCUCUGUGGCGACUUCUUUAGCAUUGCUGACGUCUCCCUUGCUGUCACCCUUCACCGCCUCAAGUUCCUGGGUCUGUCUCGUCGGUACUGGGGAAAUGGUGCCCGGGUCAACCUGGAGACGUAUUAUGAACGUGUCCUGAAUCGUCCGGCUUUCCGCAGAGUGCUUGGACAUGUCAACAACAUCCUUAUAUCUGCUGUGCUGCCCACCGCAUUCAGGGUGGCAAAGAAAAAGGCUCCAGCCUUUGUUGGUGCCACCUUAUUGGUUGGUUUGAUAGGGGGUGCCACUUACCUGGCUUUCACUUAUUUUAAAAGGAGACUUCUCAUAUCUUAAGACAGCUAUUGGGACUCAUUCAGCAUUGCUCUGUCCUGACUUGUGUAUGUUUAUUAUCACAUUUGGCUUAUAUAUGCUUUAACAGUUUGAUAAUUGUUGCACAAGAAGCACUUUUUUGUCAUAAUAAGAAGCAAAGCAGUUUCAAAAACAGACACAAUUCAUAUUUUUAUUGAUAGGUUCAUUAAACAGACUUAAAUGGUUUCAGUUCAUGCUGUAGGUCCUUUGUGGCCAUUGUGUUUUGUGCUAAAAUGUUUGUAUUAAUGUCUGGUCACAAAUACAGUAGAAGCAAUUACAGAAACAAAACUUUCUGAUUUUGUUUAAGAAUUUGUCUGUUCUGCAUUAGUAUGUUUCAUCAGUUCAGUCAUGCUUUUCACUUGAUAAAGGAUAUAUAAUACUACUGUAUAUCCAACAGUAAUUUCUCUGCACAGAAAAGUCAAAUAUAAUAAAGCAUAUUUAUCAGUUU